GAGAGAGAGAGACUGUGUGUGUGUGUGUCUUUGCGCGACUGGUCCUUGUCCGCAACUCCGCAACAAUCUUUUCUAGCGGCUCACCACAGCCCUAUCUACUGUAUUUCCUUAGUCCUCCAAGAUGUCACGGAAACAAGUAGAUUCGCGCAUCCCCGCGCUCAUUCGAAAUGGCAUACAAGAGAAGAAACGCAGCUUUUUCGUCGUCGUGGGCGAUAAUGCCAAAGAUGCUAUUGUCAAGUUGCAUUACAUCAGGUCCGAAAUGGACGUGAAACAGAACAAGUCGGUGAUGUGGGCGUAUAAGCACAAGCUGCUAGGCUUCACAAGUCACCGAAAGAAGCGAGAGGCCAAGAUCAAGCGGGAAAUCAAGCGCGGCAUCCGGGAAGCCAACGCAGAGGACCCCUUUGAGCUCUUCGUCUCCCUGCACAACAUCCGCUACGUGUACUACAAGGAGACGGAAAAAGUCCUCGGCAACACCUUCGGCAUGUGCAUCCUGCAGGACUUCGAAGCCAUCACCCCCAACACGCUCGCCCGGACCAUCGAGACCGUCGAGGGCGGCGGCCUCGUCGUCCUCCUGCUCAAGGGCAUGAGCAGCCUGAAGCAGCUCUACAACCUGACCAUGGACGUGCACGCCCGCUACCGCACCGAGGCCCACCACGACGUCGUGGCCCGCUUCAACGAGCGCUUCAUCCUCUCCCUCGGCAGCUGCGACUCCUGCCUCGUCAUCGACGACGAGUUCAACGUCCUCCCCAUCUCCGGCGGCAAGUCCGUCAAGGCCCUGCCCCCGCCCGACCUCGACCAGCCCAAGACCGCCGCCGAGGUCGAGCUGGACGGCAUGAAGGAGUCGCUGCGGGACACCCAGCCCGUGGGGUCCCUGGUCACCCUCGCCAAGACGGUCGACCAGGCCAAGGCGCUCCUGACCUUCGUCGACGCCAUCGCCGAGAAGACGCUCCGCAGCACCGUCACGCUCACGGCGGCCCGAGGGCGCGGCAAGUCGGCGGCCAUGGGCGUUGCCGUCGCCGCCGCCGUCGCCCACGGGUACAGCAACAUCUUCAUCACGUCGCCGUCGCCCGAGAACUUGAAGACGCUGUUCGAGUUCGUCUUCAAGGGCUUCGAUGCCCUGGGCUACGCGGACCAUGCCGAUUACUCCAUCAUCCAGUCGACCAACCCGGAUUUCAACAAAGCCAUCGUGCGCGUCAACAUCUACAGACAACAUCGCCAGACCAUCCAGUACAUCAGGCCGCAGGAUGCCCAUGUGCUCGGCCAGGCGGAGCUGGUGGUCAUCGAUGAAGCGGCCGCCAUUCCGUUGCCCCUGGUGCGGAAAUUGAUGGGUCCGUACCUGGUAUUCAUGGCCUCGACCAUCAACGGCUACGAGGGUACGGGCCGGUCCCUCUCCCUCAAGCUCAUCAAGCAGCUUCGCGAACAGUCACGACCGGGCGCCACGGCGGAUGUAGAGACCACCGUGGCGGACCGAUCCACGGGGAGGGCGUCGAAGGACCAGUCUACGGGAUACCAGGCCAGUCGCACGUUGCGAGAGAUCACCCUCGCGGAACCUAUCCGAUACGCCAAGGGGGAUUCGGUCGAGAAGUGGCUCAACACCGUGCUCUGCCUGGAUGCCACACUUCCCAGGGCCAAGAUGAGCGGCCAGGGCUGUCCGGACCCUUCGCAGUGCCAGCUCCUCCAUGUCAACCGCGACACGCUCUUCUCUUUCCACCCGGUCUCGGAGAAGUUCCUCCAGCAGAUGGUGGCGCUGUACGUGGCCAGCCAUUACAAGAACUCGCCGGACGACCUCCAGCUCAUGAGCGAUGCUCCGGCGCAUGAGCUGUACGUGCUCGUGCCGCCCAUAUCUGAAGAGCACCAACGGCUACCGGAGCCGCUGUGUGUCAUCCAGGUGGCGCUGGAAGGUAAAAUCAGCAGGCAGAGCGUCCUCAAUUCGCUGAGCCGGGGCCAGCGGCCCUCGGGAGACAUGAUCCCGUGGUUGGUGAGCCAGCAAUUCCAAGACGAGGACUUUGCUACGCUCUCGGGCGGCCGCGUCGUGCGAAUCGCCACGAACCCGGAAUACGUCAGCAUGGGAUACGGCACGAAGGCGCUACAACUGCUGGUGGACUUCUACGAGGGGAGGUUCACGAGUUUGUCGGAGAACGACGAGGAUGAGGCGAUGGAGGACCAGGACACCAUGCCGCGGGUGACCGACGGCGAGCUAGCCACUGCGUCGCUACUCGACGAUAACAUCAAGGUGCGGGACAUCAACAAAAUGCCGCCCUUGUUUGCCAAGCUGUCGGAGAAGAAGCCGCAGGCGUUGGACUACGUGGGCGUCGGCUACGGCCUCAACCCGCAGUUGCACAAGUUCUGGAAACGGGCGCAGUUCGCGCCGGUGUACCUCAGGCAGACGGUGAACGACUUGACGGGCGAGCACACGUGCGUGAUGAUCCGGCCGCUGGAAGCCAGUGGCGACCAGUCAUGGCUCGGGGCCUUCUGUCGGGACUUCCACCGACGGUUCUUGUCGCUGCUCUCGUAUCAGUUCCGGGCGUUCCCAUCGGUCAUGGCGCUGAGCAUCGAUGAAUCCGCCAAUGCGGGAGCCAAGCUGGAUUCGCAGGAGCCGACGUCACUGACCAAGGCCGACCUGGACGGGGUUUUGACACCCUUCGACCUCAAGCGCCUCGAGUCGUAUGCCAACAACAUGCUGGACUACCACGUCAUCCUUGAUAUGAUGCCGACGAUUGCUCACCUCUACUUCACGGGGCGGCUGAAGGCUGAUGUCAAACUGACGGGCGUGCAGCAGGCCAUUCUGUUGGCGAUCGGCCUACAGCGGAAGGAUGUCGAUGCGAUCAGCGACGAGCUCAACCUCCCGUCGCAACAGGUCCUGGCCAUGUUCAUCAAGAUCCUGCGCAAGGUCACGGGGCACUUCAGCACGCUGGUGUCGGAGGCGGUGGCUGCCCAGCUUCCGCAGGGCAACGCGAUAGGGGUCAGCCGGGAGAACGCCACAGGAGUCCACGAGGACGAGAAGGUGGACGAGCGGUUCGUGCCCCUGGAGACGACGCUUCAGGACGAGUUGGAAGAGGGGGGCGAUGAGGCUCUGCAGCAACUGCGCAAGAAGCAGCGGGAGCUCAUCGACUCCCUACCCCUUGACCAGUACGAGAUUGAGGUCGACGCGCCGGCGUGGGAGGAGGCAGAGCAGCAAGUGCUCAACGCGGCCAAGACGGGCAAGAGCAGCGCGAUAGUCAGCGUGAAGACCAAGGCGAAGCGCAAGGCGGGACCGACGGCAGCGGAGGUGUACGAGGAGGCAUUCGGAGAGAAGUCGAGGAAAAAGGCAAAAAAGUCGGGAAAGAAGGCCUAGAUAAUAGGUGAGGACAUCUCCUAUGGCCAGGCCCUACGAUUUCGGGUAUGAAUAGGGGGAAGAUGAGUGUAACAUCCAUAUGUCCUGGGCCUUUGCUUGUCCCUUUCCUCAUCUCCGUUAUGUUGGUAUGGUUUGCAAAAAAAAAGGUCGUCAUUUGUUCUGUCGAGGGGAGUCCGGAGUCAUAGAACUGUGUUGAGAGUACCCAGAGUACCCAGAUUUAGAAAUCGACAUUUCUCACCGAGGUCUGGCCAAAGAGGCUUGGGCUUGGAAAGCGACAUUGCCAC